AACCGAGCGACACCACCACGGUGACGGACUCCAUGCCAACGCAAGACGCACUUGCACAAGAACCUGGCAGUAUGGCCCAUCCGGACCUCACCCCCAGUCAGCCUGUCCCUAACUACGAUUCCUUGCGCGCUCCCAUCGACGUGGACCUUGGGGACGAUGGUGAAGUGAACGCCGACGCGACCGAAUGCGGCGUGUUGAGUCGAUGGAUCGUCAACCAAUGGAAUGACACGAUUGCGUUCGAGUCACUUGUUCCCGGUCUCGUGACCACUGGCGCCUUGUUCGUGGGCAUUGUCAUGGCCGCGACCGUGGACGGCUUGUCCCGCUCAAAAGGGAUGAUCGUGAGCCCUACAUACGCGUACUCGUGGGACUACGUGCUCAUCACGACGAUCCUGUUUGACGCCUUCUACGCCUACGCGGCUUUCAAGGAGAAGCUCCGAGGGUGGCGUCUGACCCUUCAACUCGCCAAAGCCGUCUGCGUCGGGACUGCGCAAACGCUGUUCUUUCUGAAAAAGUUUGGGGUCUUUUACGGGUCCUGGCUGGUGGUCGCGGCGCCCGUGGCUGUCUGGACUGUGUUGCUGGCGUUGCAAUGCCAGUGGCAAACGCUAGUUGGAGUGACUGCGAUCGCGGCGGCAUGCAAAGUCUCCAUCGACACGUCCAACAUAGUGUCGUGGGUCGUGGUAUUCAUUCCGAUUUGGGUGUUAUUGGCGUGCAUUGCAUCCCUGUGGCGAUUCCAACGCAAGGCGUCGAUUGCGAUCCGGGGUUUCUGCAUUCCGCAAGCUUUCGUAACGUUUAUUGUGGCGGUGCCAGUAGUGAUCAAGCUCGAAGUGUAUCGCGUGUCGAGUCCGGCUGAUCUGGCGGCGUCUGCUGGUCAUGGCGUGGGGUACCUCUGGUUCUUGAUUGUGUGGGCCGAUCCGAUAAUGUACUACCUCGCCAUCUUAUCGAGAGAUUAGCGCCAUAGACGACAUGCUGCGACCAUGGGGGUGAAUAGUUAGUUAUUAACGCAUAGAUAGAGACACUCGCAAAACGGAUAUGCUCGAGGGGGAAAUAAUAAAAAUAUUUUGAAAGGCGG